AUGGAGGUAGAUGGAGCGGAGCCCGCAAGACGGCGGUCCACUCGAGCUACCCGAGGCAGACAUUCCAAGUAUGAGGAGGCUGUGGAGGAGCCCGGCAAGGUAAAGAGUGACAAGAAGGACCCCAAGACAAGCGACAAGAACCCCAAGACGACCAAGCUAAAGACACCAACCAAAGCUAAGACGACAACCAGAUCUAAAGCGCGCAAAAAGAGCAAGAACGACGAGGAGGGAGUGGUCAGAUGUCCCUGUGGAGCUACAGAGGACGAUCCUUCUGACGGCAAGAUCAUGAUUGAGUGCGAGGACUGUCUGGAAUGGCAGCAUUCGCAGUGCGUGUUGCAAACCAAUGAUCUUGAGCAGGUUCCUGAUCAUUACGUUUGCAACGAGUGCACUGAGAAGAAGACACAAGAGAAGGAAACCACCGAAGCCCAAGAAGAGAGUGAAGAUAAGGGCAAGGGAGAGGAGGAGAAGGACUCAAACGACAAGGAUGAGAAAUAUGAUUCCACAUAUGUUCCUAACAACGAGACAGCUGAGAAAGAACCUGUGGCUAGAGUCUCGAAAUCAACACACAAACGGGUGGGACAUAUCGAUGAUAUCACCGAAAAGGUGCGUAAAAGCGCUGCUUCGGCUCUCAAGGGCAUCUUUGUGUCCGUUCCAACCUCCAAAUACUCUCCCGGAGCAGGCGUGUCUCCCGAGCAGUUUUGUGAGACGCUAGCUCUUACCAUCGAACAGGAGCUGUACGACGCUUAUGGAACAGUGGAGCCUGAGAUUGGAUCCAACUACAGAGACAAGUUCCGGACUCUCUCGUUCAACCUGCGUGACUCCAAGAACGAGACUCUCCGAAUUCGGGUCAUGACAGGCCAGGUGACACCCCAAACUCUUGUGGCAAUGUCUUCUGAGGAGAUGAUGAAUCCUGAAUUGCAAAAGCUGGCCGAAGAGGUACGAGCAGAAGCUAUCAGAGACACAGUGCUUGUUGUGGACGAAGCUCCCCGGCUCAGACGCACUCAUAAGGGUGAGGAGAUUGUUGGAGAGUACGAAGAGUACAUUGACAAUGUGGAUCAGGCUCUGAAGAUGGAAAGACAACGGGAUGGAGACGGGAAAGAGGCUGCCGAGUCGAGAAAUCAGAUUGAACGAGCCGUCAGAGAUAUCGAAGGUGCCAACGGCGAAGCGGACUCAAAGACUUCAAACUCCCCAAAAGAGUCUUCCAACUCGCCAAUAGUGCCCAAGUGGAAACGGGACAUUGAUCUGGCCCAGGGAGAGUCGGAUCAUGAACAUGAUCACGAUCACAAUUCCGAUCACGAAGAUAAGGUGAAUGGUAUUCUUGGAGAUGUGUCUCGAGAGGCUCGAGAGGCUGAGACGGAUGACUGGACUACUAUCUCUGAGGCUCCGUUUGUGUGGACGGGAACAGUACCUAUGGCUGGACUCGACAAGACAUCCUGUGCUGCCUUUUCUCUGGGCUCUUCUUCGGUCCAUUUCAACCCCAAUGUUUCCUGGGGCUCCGUUUUCUACGCCAGUAAGCCUCUUACUAUCGAGGGUCGCUUGGAUAAGUCAAAGGCCGAUCCCUAUCUUAGCAAGGUACUUGGAGCCGGGACUAGAGACGUGGCAGCCUUUUGUUUGCUUCCUUCAGAUUCAUCAGAGUCCGACAGAGAGGCGUAUUAUAAGUUGUAUGAGUAUUUCCACUCUCGAUCAAAGUAUGGAGUGAUUCAUAACCGGUCGACGCUUGUCAAAGACGCGUAUUUGAUCCCGCUGGCUCCCGAUGAUGCUCCUCCUUACACUUUGGGCUCUCUUGUGAAACCUAGUGUCGAGCUGAGCAGUCUGAAACGGUCCAGACCGCUGCUGGUGGCUCUGUAUAUUGUUGGAAAGCUGAGUCCCAAGCGAGGAGCAGCAGUUAGUGUGGAGUCCCAUGUGGCUUCAAGCGAGAAGCACCCUCCGAAACGACAGUCUAUGAGAGAUCGAGUGAAGCAGAAUGCUGGCAAUGCUGGAAACGCUAGCAGACGUGCUUCGGACGCCCGAAAGAGUACACCUCCGGUUACUGCCACCCCAGUGACUCCUGCUGCUCCUACUCUUGUUGCACCAGUGAAUGCUCCUGUGGGUCCAGCUCCUGUCGUCCCCCCUUAUGCAGGAUUUCAGGGAGGGGUAUACGGAGCUCCUGUCGGCAUUCAAAGAGUGCCUGGAGCUCCAAUGGGAGUACCUGGGGUGCCAAUCGCUCCAGCUGGUAUGCCCGGAGUCCCCGUCGCCCCAUUGGGUAUGCAUGGUGCUCCUGCACAUCACAUGGCCCAAUCUGGAACUCCUAUCGCUCCCGCUGCCCAUCCUCGCAAGCCUACUGGAGCUCCUCCCCCCGAUCUGGACGCACUCAAAACGCUUCUGAACGAUCCCAAUCUCCGAAACGCUCCUGCUGCGCCUGCUCAGAACGACCUGUUGCAGAACCCAGCUUUGUUGAUGUCCAUUAUCGACCAGGCCAAGAAGAGGUAG